ACAGCGAUAGUCAUGUUUCAAGAGCUGCUAGUCAGUAGAAGAGAAAUUCAUUGUGGCAAUCGUGAAUUACCCAACUAGUUCAUGCGUGCUUAAGGACACGAAAAUCAUUUUACGGUAUCCUAUAUAGUUAAUGUUCCGAUUAGAGAAUAAAAGAAACACCACAUUUCCCUGAACCUGCCAACAUAGGCGCCGUUAAUGAGCUCCUUGAAGUAGAUGUCCAUGGCCAAUUUUGCGAUUCUCAGUCGAACAAUUCGAAAUCCUGUUUAGUGUACGCAGUCCGCGGUAAUGACAGCGAAUCCUGUCUGGAGGAAAACGCCUAUUUCAAUGUUUCUGGCUGUAGCAGCGUCUUGCCCAAGAAAGAAAAACUUUUGGCUUCGUCACCCUCAGUUAACGUUCUAGUGAUAUUAAAAAGCGACUUACUCAAAGUCAGUUCCAUGGUCAUAAACGCCUUAACAAUCCUGGAUAUUGUUCUUAGCCGCCGGACUAAACCUUGGAGAUUCCUUCUUCGCAUCCUAUACCGCGUGGGGCGGUCAAACCUCAAAUGGGGAUUGUUGUGGGCAGUUUUUCAGCUCUGGUCCCAUUUCGAGGGUAAUUGGUCGUCAGAUAUAAUUGAGGUCGACGUCGAGCAACUGCCUUUUUCUCCGAUUGUCCACCAAAUGCAGCAGAUAUGGAUCGCCCUUCAAUCCUAUCCGGUCUUAUUGGUGGUCACCUUUUUUAUUUACAACCUUGCCGUAAGCUGGAUUGUGCAUCGCUUAAACCAUCGAAACCGAAAUCACAACACUAUGACCGUUAACAGUACUCUGGAUCAUCAUACUAAUAUACAUUUGACUAAUGGUCCUAGAAACGUCAGAAGAAGAAUACUAUCUCGAUGGUCUCUGCUGAUCGACUGCUUCUUCAGACCUCUAUCCUUCGAUACGGCCAGUAAUUUAAUGGAUUUUGAACUGGAUGAAAAUGUGGAGCAGUUAAUUGAACGUCUAGCUUUGCCCAAUUUGUGGCUUACACCUACAGUACCAACCGAUUAUCUGAAUUACCUUCCUGUGUGGCGAUUCGACUGCUGGAGUCAAACUCCUGAAGAUCCUGUUGGUACGGAAUCGCAAACAUUCACCUCCGCAAUGUCUUCCAAUUACUCAGAAUCAAUCCCCGUUGACAAUCGAUGUUCCCUUUCAAACUUCCUUUGGAAUGACAACCAACCUCCACCCAACAUGAAAUGGAUUUCAAGUGCGGACUGUGCUAUCUGUUUGGACAGAUAUCGCUUCACCGUCGACGUAUGUGGUCUUCCAUGUGGCCAUCAGUUUCAUCAUAAUUGUAUAAUGGUUUGGCUACAGAGAGACAACCAUCAUUGCCCUAUAUGCAGAUGGCCAGCUUAUCAAAACAAAUAUCUAUCUAUUUAGCUUGAUCUCAUAUUUGUAAAAAACUCCAUCUAGUGCACUUUUUCUUUUAGCUUUCUUUUACAUUUAUAUCUCUUAUUAGUUUUACAUGUCUGUAUUUUUCGUUGUUUUAACGUAACCAAGUCCAUCCUUUAAGUAAGGCCAUUUCACUUUAACUAUUUAUUAAUUUUUUUUCAAUUCAUCGAUGUCAAAGUAUUUAAAGUCAGAAUGCCACCGCAGAGACGUUUGAGAUUUUUUAAUUUUUUGGGGGGAAGGGAUAGGUGCUGCUGCCUGUGAUAACGAGCAUGCAACGAACGAAACAAUUACUAAUGUGUAAAGACGCUUAAAUGUGACUUGUAAGCUAUUAUUGUUUUCAUUUUUUUGCCUUUUUGUAAGGGUAAAGAGUUUGGGACAUCAAUCGCAUCCUUCUUGAUAAUCUUAUCACUGUAAAAAGCGAAUCUCUAUGUAUUUCAUUUAAUAAACGAAUUUCUUAGCGGAAA